AUGAAGAAUGGAUUCCUCGUGGAACGACGACGGCAGGCGAUGCAGAAGCGGGGGAUGCAGGAGGCUACAAAGGAGCAGAUUCAGGAGAUGCCAUGGUCUACAGGGCUGUUUGACAUCUGGACUGAUCCAGAGACUCUCUACGUUGCGGGUCAUGGGGCUUGGGGUGGCUUGCCUGCGGCUACAAGUGCAGCUCCCCGGCACGAGCACUUUGUCUCAACUCCUGUUGCCUUCUGCUGUAUGAACAACUACACUUCGAUGGCAUACCCUCCUUCUGAGCCGGGUCGCAGAUUUCCUUUCAUCCGGGUGACUUGGCGGAAGCAUGCUCGAACGAGAUUUCUUGUGAAAGGGAGCUGUCUGGGUGAUUGCCUCGCAGUGACGCUUUGCUACUUCUGCUCAGCACUGCAAGAAGCUCGAGAAGUGCGUAUUGAGAGCGACGACAUCUUUAAUGCAAUCAAACGGAUUGACGGAUCCACGCUUCCAACCACUACGCUCGCCAACUACGAGUAUUCUGAAAUUCAGCCAAUGGAAGCUCUGUCCAUGACUCAAACGUCCCUCAUUGAUCAGUGA